GGUCGCGACGGGGUCGGAGCGGCGCGAUGGAUGAGGACUUGGUGGUGGCGCUACGGCUGCAGGAGGAGUGGGACGCGCGGGCCGCCCAGCGCGAGGCGGCGCGGGAGCCGUUGUCCCUGGUGGACGCGUCCUGGGAGCUGGUGGACCCCACCCCGGACCUGCAGGCGCUGUUCGUGCAGUUCAACGACCGCUUUUUCUGGGGCCAGCUGGAGGCGGUGGAGGUGAAGUGGAGCGUGCGCAUGACACUGUGUGCUGGGAUUUGCAUCUAUGAAGGGAGAGGUGGAAUGUGUUCCAUCCGGCUCAGCGAACCCCUUCUAAAGCUGAGGCCAAGGAAGGAUCUCGUAGAGACCCUCCUGCAUGAAAUGAUACAUGCUUAUUUAUUUGUCACUAAUAACGAUAAGGACCGGGAAGGGCAUGGUCCAGAGUUUUGUAAACACAUGCACCGCCUCAACCACCUGACUGGAGCCAAUAUAACGAUAUACCACACGUUCCAUGACGAGGUGGAUGAGUAUCGACGUCACUGGUGGCGCUGCAGUGGGCCUUGCCAGCACAGACAACCCUAUUACGGCUACGUCAAACGCGCCACCAACAGGGCGCCCUCUUGUCAUGACUACUGGUGGGCUGAGCAUCAGAAAACCUGUGGAGGCACGUUCAUAAAAAUCAAGGAGCCCGAGAACUAUUCAAAGAAAGGCAGAGGAAAGAUGAGGCUAGGAAAGCAGCCCUUGUUGGCAGUGGGGCGAAAAGACAAGCCCAGUAAAGUGGAGGUGCAGCCGCUGACCCCCUUCAGUGGAAAAGGCUAUGUUGUUGGAAACGCAAGCAUUUCUCCGUCAUCUGGGAAAUUGACCACCUCACAUACCAUUGGUGAAGCCCAAAGUCUCUCAAGCCUAGACCUUUCUGCAAAUGCACCAAGACCCGAUUCCAACAUUGGAGAAUUCGAACAGAAUGUUUUUUUAAGUAAAAAGUCUUCUCAGCUAGUCUCUCCUGUCCCAAAUACCAGUCACCAAAGUGUCCUGAGUAGCUACUUUCCUAAGGUCUCAGUUGCCAACCAGAAGGCAUUCAGAGGUGUGAAGAAUGGGCCCACUGGUGACAUCACCAAGCAGUCAGCCUCUUCUGGUUCACAAAAAAGGGUUCCAUCUUCAAGAACCCAGAGAAGCUCCUCCAAAGCCAUGGCAUCUGCUUCUGCAUCCAUGCCCUGUGAAGGGAGUGGGUCUGAAGACCAGUUCCCCUCAAAACGGCCCAGGGAGGAUAAGACUGCUUUUGACAACUUUUUUAUCAAGAAGGAGAAAGUACAAAGUGGUAGCAGUGAUCCAAAGAGUAGUUCAUGCCCUGCAACCACAGUCCAGAGUUCCAGCAGCUCACGUGGUCAGAACCAGCUGGUCAGCUGUCCAGUCUGUCAAGGCAAAGUAUUGGAGGCUCAGAUCAAUGAGCACUUGGAUGGUUGCCUAGAAGGUGUCAGCACCACAGUCUGACAAGGCAGUCUGAAGUGGCUGUCACCUGGGUGUGCUGCCGCCUAACCACAGGUUCUGUGACCACCAGACUGUGGGUCUGUCAUAUCUAUGCAUGUAUGAAGCAGUUUAAUGCAUUGUCUCCAGCCAGGUGCAGAGGUGCAAGUCUGGGGUCCCAUGUGCUCAGGAGUCUGGGGCAGGAGGUUGCUUGCCCUGUCAUCGUGAGACCCUAUCUCAGAGAUACAAAGAGCUUUCGUCUCAAGGUGCUGCAUUCACCCCUGCCUUCCCUGGUCUGCAGCCUGGUAGAUGUUCUGUGCAUAUGUGUAAUUUUACGUAUUUUGUUCUUUCUGACUCUUGAAGGUUUUUCAGUCUCUCAGUCUUAUUUGUACACUCUCUUCAAAAUACUCAUAUCAGGAAUCCUGACAGUUGACUUUUUCAUUCCCUGAGCCAAUGUUAAUCUUCAAUGUCAGGCAUACUAACCAGACAGUCUAAGGACAAGGUAUAAGAGUUGUUUUAGAAUGCUCAAGUCUUCUGUUUCUCUUUUUCAAAAUCAUAACAGGAAAUAAAUUUUCUAUAUUUUAAAGAAUUUUCUCUUCCACCUUUAUA